GAGAGAGAGAGAGAGAGAGAUGAAAGAUAUGCAGAAAAAAGAGUUAUGCCCAUGAAAUUAAGAAUGAGAGCAUCACAGCUCACACACACACACUGUCACUCAAACUUGUUUCUUUCUCUCUCUAGUUUCUCUCUCUGCAAAUUAGCAUAACAAACAAAAAAAAACCAACCCUUCAUCCAAUCUUCGUUUCCCCACUUCAUCAGGUACCACAACAUCUGUACUAUCAUUACUUACACCGCCGUGUACGUAUAUCUAUAUCUAUAUAUAUAUAAAUAUCAUUUGCUAUUUAUUUUGUUAUUCCUUAAUGAAAGGAAUAACAUUGCCAGUGGUGUUUCCAACAACUCACCACUUUCCCUGCAAGAACCAAAACCCACUCUCCCUUUCCAAGAAAUCGUCGCCGCCGCCUCCGUCGUCAUCAUCCAGGUGGGCCCACAUGGCGUCCACCACCACCAUCACCGCCGCCGCCGCCCGCCGCCACAAGAAGAUCGUCGUCAUAAUGGGUCCGACGGGCUGCGGGAAAUCCAAACUCUCCGUCGAUUUGGCCACCAGAUUCUUCCCUUCGUCGGAGAUCAUCAACUCCGAUAAAAUCCAAGUCUACCGUGGCCUCGAUAUCACCACCAACAAAAUACCGCCGCACGAGCGGAAGGGCGUCCCCCACCAUCUCCUCGGCGAGUUCGACCCGUCCGAGUCGCACCCCGAGUUCACCCCCUCCGAUUUCCGCUCCUCCGCUUCGUCGACCAUUUCGGAAAUCCUGUCCCACCGCAAGGUACCCUUCAUCGUCGGCGGAUCGAACUCGCUCAUCUACGCAUUGCUGGCUAAGAAAUUCGACCCCGAGUUGGACGUGUUCAGCGGGUCAAACUCGGUAUUCUGCAAAGAGCUGAGAUACAGCUGUUGUUUCAUCUGGGUCGACGUUUCCCUGCCGGUGCUGAAUGAGUACUUAGUGAAACGAGUGGACGACAUGCUUGACUCGGGCAUGUUCGACGAGUUGGCCGAGUAUUUCGCCGAUCCCGAGUCGGACUCAGUGAGUCAAUCCGGGUUGAAGAAGGCGAUCGGGGUGCCGGAGUUCGAGAGAUACUUCAGGAGGUUUCGCGAUGAUUGGAGGUUGGAUGAUGACGUGGCAAAAAGGAGGGCGUACGAGGAGGCGUUGUGGGCCAUAAAGGAGAACACGUGUCGGCUGGCGAAGAGGCAGCUGUGGAAGAUCCUGCGGCUGAGGGACGCCGCCGGGUGGGACAUAAAGAGCGUGGAUGCAACGGCGUCCGUGACGGCGGCGGCGAUGGGCGGCGGCGGAAGGAGGGUGGCGGAUAUUUGGGAGAGGCAGGUGGUGGAACCGAGCGUGAAGAUUGUGAGGCGGUUCUUGAUGGAGUAGGUUUUCCAGCUCAACAAUGAAAAAUACAUUUUUCUUUGUUUAUUUUUAGUAAUUAUUUCCACUCUUUUCAUUUAAACAAAAAAAAAAAAAAAACAUUUUUUUUUUUACUUUUUUUUUUAAUUUUAAUUUUUUGCUCUGAAAAAGUCUGUAAAUUCCUCUAGGGGUGGGGGGACCAAUUUUGCGGGAUUACUAAAUUUUGAGAGAGAUUAUUUUCCGAAUUUUAAAUAUUAGAAAAAAUUAUGACAAAUAAUUUAUUUUAUUUUAUUUUUUAUUUUUCUUUGAGUUUUCUAAGGUAAAUAUUUGGAUCAUAGUUUAUAAAUUUUGUUAAAUUGUGGAAAUUUGAUAAAUGUAUAUGACUAUUUAAUUUGGAAGUUCCUUUUGUCAAAGGUGGUACGUGUUACAUAAUUAUUUUUAAUUUUUAAUUUAUGUUUUAAUGAUUAUUUAGGUAUAUUCAUAUAUCGUCAAUUUAAACACUACA